UUUCCAGGAAAUACCGUUCCAACAUGUCUGGAACUCGACCCACACUCACCUGCACUGCUCGUUCACACUGGAGAGGGUGGACCGCCUGGCCUCCAGUGUCUCGUUCAGGGUGGUCGCCAGUCAGAAGGGGUGUCAGUCACAUCGACAAAUUUUCAGGGUCAACGCUGAGGUCAACACUGACUCUUCCAACUCAUCGUCACUGACGCCAGGGAGUCCAUCAUAUCAAAGCCGUGUAGACAGUGACAAGCAGCAGUGGGUGUGGCUCCAGUGUAAACAACCUGUGAUCAGUCGCCUUUCAGGUUUAGCAGAUCGCUGAGGAAACAGUUGUGUCAGUGUUUGGAUACCCCCAAUUCAAGGAGCAAUGAUUGGAGGAUGCUGGCUCAGAGACUCAAUGUUGACAGGUACAUAAACUACUUUGCAACCAAAGCCAGUCCGACAGAGCACAUCCUGGACCUGUGGGAAGCGAGACAUCGAGAGUCAACUGCAGUCACUGACCUCCUAAACGUUUUGCGAAUCAUGGGACGAAACGAUGCUGCCAGUCUCAUGGAGAAGGAACUGGGGCCUUGGCUGUGAAGCUCUCUACUUCUGGGACAGACCUUGUGAAUUUGAAAAUCAGGAAACAGUUUAUUACUGUUACAAACAUUGACAGACUAUUACCUGAUAAGUUUGUAGUAAUAUAACUUAAAAUGUCUCUCCACUUCUGGGACAGACCUUGUAAAUUUGAAAAUUGGGUGACAAUUUAAUACUGUUACAAACAUUGACCUUAUGAUAAGUUUGUGAUAAUGUAAUUUGGAAUGACUAUUAAGUUUAUUGUGAAAAUGUAACUUGAAAUGUCUAUCCACUUCUGGGACAGCCCUUGUAAAUUUGAAAAUUGGAUGACAAUUUAACACCGUUACAAACAUUGACAGACUAUCACCUCAUGAUAAGUUUGUGAUAAUGUAAUUUGGAAUGACUAUUAAGUUUAUUGUGAAAAUGUUACUUGAAAUGUCUAUCCACUUCUGGGACAGACCUUGUAAAUUUGAAAAACUAUGAAUAAGUGCAAAAAUUCUUUUUAAAACAUUGACAAACCUCACCUCCAUUGAAAUGUCUCUGGGAUAGGUCUUGUGAAUUGUAAAUAAUAUCCACAAAGAGGUGAGUUUAUCACUAUUAUGCCACAAAAAUUGACAGACUAUUUUUAUCACCUAAUAGAUGAUUGGUUGGAAAAAUAGAUCUCACUACUUCUGGAACAGACCUUGUGAAUUAUGGAAAUACAGUAAUAGAGGUGACAGUAUCACUGUUAUGAAUUCAACAUGGAUAUACGAUCACUCUGUAGCUUGUUGUUUGAAAAAUUGUAAAUCUUUCUACUGAGGGGACAAUCGGACAAAUCUAGUAAAUUUAAGAACAAAAGAUUGUUUUUGAUGAAAUCAAUGUUAUGAAGAGAAUAAUGGAUAGUUAGUCUACAGAUGGAAAUAGAUUGGAAAUCGCAUUUUUUCAAAUGAUAAUUAAUGAAUAAUUAGACUUAUUAAACGAAAAUCCCAAUCAAAUGGUGUAGAAUUUUGAUCUAGCUGUUACCCUGUUGUCAAUAUUUGCAGUAGCAGAAGUCUUCGGGGUAAUUCACAGCAUUUAAUUAGGAUUUUCGUUUGAUGGAUAGUUUAAACUAUCAAUUGUUUAAACUUUUUACAAUUGUAAAAAGGAUAUUGAGAGACUUUUCUGUAUGUAAAACACUGUAGUUAGUUUUUGUUGCAACUGGAUAUCUCACUUCUUCUAGAACAGAACUUGUAAAAAUUUAAGAACACAAGUUAUCCAUUGAAGAAUCAAUAUUGUAUAGUAAAUUAUGGAUA